AAUGAUUAGCUUCAUGAACCAAGAGUAAGAAAAUUGUUAUCGGUUUUUUUAUUCAGCUCUUAGUUUCUUUAAUUGAUUACAUGUUAUGUAUAUUAUACGUUUUGGAGUUGUUAUUCUGUUGUACUCUUCAGACGGUCACACAUAGACAUAACAGUGUCUUUUAUGAUCCGAUAAGCUAUUUUAUCUGUAUUUUUAUAUUUACGUGUAUUUGAGUUGUCAUGUGAUUUGGGCAAUUUUAAGUAGAUCUUUAAAUGUUUGUAUACACUUAACUGAUGUCAAACUAGCUACUGUUGUUAUCUAACCUCAUUCACUUCGGAUUUUGAAAGUUGAACUAACUAGCCUAUUUCUUGUGAUUGUGAAACUUUAUUAUUCUGAUGUCAUGAGAUGAUACUGUUUCUUUACAAUUGUCUUCUUAACCCUUGUGCGUCAAUAAAAAAAAAAAAGUUACUCAGAGGUCAUUCGAGGGCAAAAAUGUCCGCGUCAAAAAACUGCCAUUAAAAUAUUAUAUAUUAAUAUUAUUUUCCACUUUCAAUGAGUUAAUUUUUUAACCAACAUCAGUCCUGAUCAUAACUACUAAAUAUUCAUUCAUUUUCAGGAUUUUAACCCUUUAAAUGCCAGUUUGUUUAUAUAAUGCCACUGUUUUUUUUAUAUACACACACACACACACACACACAUUUCUCAAUAGAAAACUCACUCACAAAACACACCCACACAAGUUUAGCUGCAUUUAUUCAAUUGGCCUGCAGUGCUCUAUAAUACAACAAACAGAAAAUUGGAAAAAAGUAUGUAUAUGCUCCAUAGGCUAAACAUGAGAAAAAAUUGUGCCAUCUGGUGGAAAAUAUAAAAAAUUUAAAUUUUGAACCCAGGGCUCCGGAAUGAAAGCAUAAUAUAAUAGAAUUCAUGAUUUUAUGUUUUAAUGGCACUGGGAUCAUAUAUUGCAGAUUUAAUGGGUUUCAAUGGGGACAUUUUUGACCUUAAGGUCCUGAGUGUAACUGUUUUGUGUACACAGUGUAUCAUAGAUGUAUUUUAGGAACUGAGGUUGAAAUAUCAAAAUUCCCCCAAAAAUACACAUCUUUGGCAAAAUGUAUGCCUUUGACAUUAACAGCUAAAAUGACCGAAAAAGUCUCGAAGGUCGCACAGGGGUUAAGAUAAACAUUUACUGUUCUAAAACAAGAAAGAAUUAAUUCCCAGUGUAAUUGAUCGUCUAUAGUUUAUGAUCACAUAGCAGAAAUAUUUGCACACAUAUGUUUAUGGUUGGUUUAUGCAGUAAAAUGGUGGUAUUCUUGUCUAGGAGAAAGGAUCCCAUUUCAUGGGAGAGUCCUCUGUCCUUUGCUCCUGGGUGAAUCGGUGAUCUGUCAAAAUGGAUGAGCAGGAGGCCCUGAAUUCCAUUAUGCAGGACCUGGUGGUAUUGCACCGAUCCAGCCGACCAUCUGGUCUGUCUGACCUGGGCAAACCCAAGGCCUCCUCCCCCAAGAACCAGAAUGAUGUAAGGGUGAAGUUUGAGUACAGAGGAGAGAAGAGGAUCCUACAGUUCCCACGACCUGUCAGUCUGGAAGAUCUGAGCACCAAAGCUAAAGUAGCCUUUGGGCAAAGCAUGGACCUGCAUUACACCAAUAAUGAACUUGUGAUUCCGUUGAGUACUCAGGAUGAUCUGGAUAAAGCUGUGGAGCUACUAGAUCGCUCCGUGCACAUGAAAAGCCUGAAAAUCCUACUGGUGCUCCCCUCCUGCACUCAGAACUCCAGUAAGGACCUGUUGCCUACUCAUGAGAACUUGGACAACACAGACUUCAGAGCUCCAGAUAAAAAGAGCAUGCUGGCACUCAUAGGUUCACAGUCAACAGAUCGCAGUUCUCCUCCUCCAGGCUAUAUUCCUGACGUCCUACAGCAGGUGGCCAGAAAUGGCUCAUUCACCAGCAUCAAUAGUGAGGGCGAGUUCAUACCAGAGAGCAUGGACCAGAUGCUGGACCCUUUAUCAAUGAGCAGUCCUGAGAAUUCCGCAUCAGGCAGCUGUCCUUCCCUAGACAGUCCACUCGAUAGUGAUACCUAUCCCAAAUCACGUAUGCCACGAGCCCUGAGCUACCCGGAUAACCAUCAGGAGUUCCCUGAGUACGAUAUUCCAGUGUUUGAGAAAACCGGGAAGGGAGGCACUUACCCGAGGCGAUAUCACAUCUCGUUUGGUCUGCAGGACUACAGCGAUGGGCGGAAGACGUUUCCCAGGGCACGACGGACACAGGCUCAUGGUUUUCGUUCUCCGGUGAGUUUUAGUCCGACAGAACAGCAGAGCCCCAGCACCAGCAGUGGAAGCAGUAUCUUUACGCCUGAGCUAGAGGAACCUGGACGCAGACGACGCGGCAGCGAUAUAGAGCCCAGCCCCAACCCCACUCUAUCAGUGAUGGACAUCAGCCCUCCCAGCCGCUCUCCUCGGGCUCCAACAAACUGGCGUUUGGGGAAACAUUUGGGGCAAGGAGCAUUUGGACGAGUGUUUCUCUGCUACGAUGCAGACACUGGCCGAGAGCUCGCCGUUAAACAGGUCCAGUUUGACCCGGAUAGCCCUGAGACAAGCAAGGAGGUGAGUGCCCUAGAGUGUGAGAUCCAGCUACUGAAGAAUCUCUUCCAUGAACGCAUCGUUCAGUACUACGGUUGCUUGCGGGACACACAUGAAAGAACGCUCUCUAUCUUCAUGGAGUACAUGCCUGGGGGCUCCAUUAAAGACCAGCUGAAGUCAUACGGUGCUCUAACGGAGAACGUCACACGGAAAUACACACGGCAGAUAUUGGAAGGCGUGUGCUACCUGCACAGUAACAUGAUCGUCCACAGAGACAUCAAAGUAAAAGGAUUGCGCCACUCAAGUUCUUCUUCACCACUACACAACUCAAUCUCUGGUGCCAAUAUCCUCCGGGACUCUGCAGGUAAUGUGAAGCUGGGUGACUUUGGAGCGAGUCGGCGGCUUCAGACCAUUUGCCUAUCCGGAACAGGCAUCAAGUCUGUGACGGGAACACCCUACUGGAUGAGCCCUGAGGUCAUUAGUGGAGAGGGCUAUGGAAGGAAAGCUGACAUCUGGAGCAUCGGCUGCACCGUGGUGGAGAUGCUGAAUCAGCAGCCACCCUGGGCAGAGUACGAAGCAAUGGCAGCCAUUUUUAAAAUCGCCACACAGCCCACCAACCCCACUCUGCCACCUCAUGUGUCGGACCACUGCCGUGAUUUCCUUAAACGGAUUUUUGUGGAGACAAAACAGCGACCUGCUGCUGAGGACCUAUUACGGCACACUUUUGUCCACUAGACACUCCCCCUUCUAUCUCUGACCAAUCAGAGACUUCCUUAAGUGUCUGUAGGAUCAUCCCCUUUUGAGACUCUUCCCAGCAGGCUUCAGCGCCACCACUGGACAAGAGCGCAUAGGGGUGACAAACAAGGCGGCAACGUCCUAAAUCUCAGUGAUUUGGAGAAGCUUGAUUCUGUAUGAAAACAUUGCACCUUAAUUUCACUCAGGGGUAAGUACCCCUAAAGACAAAUGGAUAAUGGUACCGUGAAAGACUAAAGGUUUUCUUUUAUGUGUUUGAAAUAUUCUGAUAUUCCCGUUGAUUGUGGAGAGAGAGCCUGAGCUCUGGGGAGUCCAGUUGGGUUCUGGAUGCACUGUGUUAAUGCAGGAAGAUCUUGGAAUGUCAACGCCAGAACAAGGCAAGUACGCCAAUACGCUGCUAACGGUUAAAUGGAAAAAAAAUGAAACGAAAAAGAAGAGAUGACAGGAUGCGUGGGACUCUCCAGCCCAGCUGUCAUGGCACUUCUAUAAGUUCUCGUUUUCUUGCACAGUCCUCGUAGAACAUACACACUUGUACAGUGGAGUCCAACAGUCUGAGACCACAUUAAAAAGUAUGAUUAAACAGGAAUAAACCUGGAUAUAAACAAUGUUUGGGGUUUUGUACAUUUUAAAACAAAGCAAAGUAAAAUGAAGAAGAAAUAUUUAAGAUUCUGCACCAUUUCUAGGUCACUAAUCAAAUGUAAGCAAAUUUGUGACAUUGACCUUCAAGUUCAGAAGUUCAGAUUUCCUUGCUUCCAUUUGAGGCACACAGGAUUUGACAAUUCUAAUAACAGCUGUUAUACAGAUAAUACAAUUCAUAAUGAAAAAGACUGUAUUAAAUUAGAAGAGUGCAAAAUAGAAUCAUUUUCACUAGUAGUCUCAGACAUUUGGAUCCUAUUGUACAAACACUGAUCAAAGGUCUUACUAUAGAAUAUUUAUUUACUAUGCUGUACAAACAUUACGUUUGCUGGACUUUUCCGUCACCUUCUGAUUGCCGCCACAUACCAGAGUGUACUCACUCUCUAGCUCUAGAAUCGUCAGGGUCUGUCGUACCUCUGUUCUUUUCUACUGUCUGAUUCAUUUCUGUCUUUACUGUGUGCCUUUUAAAAAAAAAAAAAAGAAAAAGAAAAAAACGCCCUUCCUCGUUUUUCUAUUCUGCUCUGUCAUCAGUAUCCACUCACUUUUCUAGAAUUCAAGUCUUUCUGACUUUGGUCUGUACAGGAUUUAGGAACACUCAGCUCUUCAUACUGUUUCUAGAAUAGCAUAAGCAGCUCUGCUCUGCCUUCUUUCCACUCGGUCCCACUCAUGGUAAACUGACCUCAGGUCAGAUUCACCUGUGCAUUCUUUCAACACAGUGCCGUACACUUCAAUCUGAUCAAAUGCAGGUUGAAUAUAGACAUACACUCACCAAAGCGAAAAACCCAGAUCUCACAGACAAGGUUUAGUGCCUUGACAGAACUGCCAUACAAAGUCAAAACGCAGUAACUACGCUAACAAUGAGACUAAAAAAAUGGCUUCAAAAUAUAAAAUGGUUUCACUCCAUUUUUUUCUGAAACGGAGCAAAUUUGAGCCAAACCUGUCUGUUUCAGGACAGAUAAUAGUCUAAGAGACCAGAUUUUGGCCGUAGCUCAUAAGGUAACUUACAAAUGGCCAUAAGAGGGGGAACAGAAUUGAAAAAGGACCAUGAGCCGGGACACAAACUCAGGUAGCCCGUGUUGCUACCAAACCUUACGUCGAAGCACUGCACAUGAACACGACUCUUAACAUGGUCAAAUUCAGUUUUAGCAAAAUGUGUAGUUACUGCUUUUUGCCUUUGCAGGACAGAGUAGAUCAUCAUAUUAAAGUAAGAAUCGCUCAAUUCUAGAAUAAAUCAAGAUCAUAGAGCAAUAGAUUGGACUGGAGAAAUUGACUGCUCUCUUUAUGAGAUCAUGAAAAGUAAAAUGUCACUGUAAGUGCACUUUUUGUGAAGACUACAAAAUCUGGAGUUUGCCAGAAGUCUUGUAAGAUUCCUACUGAUGUUCCAAUUCAUCAGUUGAAGUUGCAGUGUUCUCGUCAGAGGUUCACACUCUAAUGUAUUUCAGUAGAAUUAAGCAUAUGCAGAAUUUCACAAAACAUAACGGUACUCUGUACUUGACCGUACUUAACGGUUUACCUACAAAUGAACCUCACUAUCUCACGAUGCCUUGGGACAGGACGUUUCACCAGUUCACACACUAGAUUACACGCACUCUCUGCUGCAGUGUGCACACUCCGUGAUAUUUGAGUGAGCUGUCUUUCACAUUGCUGUUUAAAAUACAUUCAGAGAUCUCAUUGACUGUCCUCCAUGUAGUGCUGUUGUGCCUGCCUUGAGACGUAGGUGAAUACGUAUCUUUUGGCGUUACCUUUAUUCAUUCCCAUAAGCCAGGGGUUAAUUAUUUAUAUUCUUGUUUUCUGUUUUGUUUUAUUGCUAAUUUUCUCAUGCACUGCCAUUCUUAAUUAGAAAGUUAUUCAUUUUACCCCCUCCAAUAAAGAUGAUGGUAUGGUACUUGUAGUAUACGUCCCCAUAAGCAUAUGUUGUUAUGUAGUCACAGACAUUUAAAUUUCAAUCCAAGCAGGAAACUAAUAUGUUGCUUGCUUGUUGCCAUAGUUACCUAACUGUAUUAAAACAAUAAAGCUCAAUGUUGUAAGGGUGAAUCUCAUGAAAACCGUCCAGGUCAACACCAUUUUUAGAUUUUUUUGCCUUGUGAUGUUAUUUUCAUUACAGUUAAACACAUUAAUUGUGCACAUUAACCCCCCCACCCAUUCUUGAUAGCUUACUGUAAUGUAAUCCUAUUUUUGUUAAUGCAGUGCAAAUAAAUAUGUAAAACUGCAAUUGUAAAGUACAGUUGAAAGUAUAGAUCAUAGUAGUAUUUGAUAAACUGCAUUUAAUUUAUGCUGAUUUAAAAUGAAAUAAUGACGAAAACAAAAAACUAAGCCUGUCAAUUUAACACGUUAAUUCAGUACUUAAAAAAAUAAAUAAUGCAUUAACCAAUUUACCCUUCGCUAAGCAGUUUAAUCCAUGACAUUCUUCUUGAGGAUUAUUUCAAGAUUUUAAAAAGAAAAUAUACUGCGUGUAUCCUCUCUACGUACCUCGUGUCACUAUUACAAGUGACCCAGCAACAACGUUUUUUACGUUUUUUUUUUUUUUUGGAUAAAAUUCUGCUUAAAACUGCUCAAACACACAUUACUCCCGUAAAUUUUCAUCGUAAAAAAAGCAAACACUUGUCAGAGAAAUGGUGGACAGCAACAGUUGCUAAGAUACUAUUGGUCAGAAACACUUAAGGCGUGGCUUAGCGAAGGGGCAAUUGAUCAUUCCCCCUGACCGUAUGUAAAUUCAAAUUCAAGCUUGAGGUACCACCUUUGUUUUUUUGAGUCACAGUCAGCAGGUGGCAGUUGGUGCAACUCCAGCUAUACAGGCAACUAAACCGACAGCUGUUCAAUGACAGCUGAACUAAGUACAGCAGAAUGCAGGUGUCUCAAGACAUGUUGUUUUAAAGUUUUAUGUAAUGUUAAAUAUAGUAAAAUAUUUUAUAUUUAACCUGAAAUGUGCCAUCUAUGACUAAAGAUACUGAAAACCAAUGAAACGCGACGCAACUACUGUGAGAUGCUCAAAGUGUCCGUCUGAUUAAAGCGUACGGUUGCUUAAAGGUGCACUCGGUAACUUUUUGCUCGUGUCAUCUUGAACUUACAGUGACACCUAGUGGUGUGGAUGCAGCAUCAUUCAAAAUCAGUAGUUUUCAGUUACAGAUGUCAUUGUAGAAAUUCACUAUUCACAAUCAGCCAUGAUUAAUCCAAGAGUGAAAGUGUCCAAUAACAAGACGGUUACUGAGUUUAAGCGAGCAGUAUUCAGCUGGUCAUGUGAUUCUAAAAUGGCAGCCCCCAUGAGGGCUCUCCUGCCCCAUGUAGAAUAAAACAGCUUUUCUAAGGUUACUGAUAUGACUAGAGACCUCAUCUCAUGUGAGUGCUCAUGAUUUUAUAUAUAUGUUUCAAAAUUACAAUUCAUUUCUUUAAGAGUAAAACUUUUAAUGGGGAAAAAUUACUGAGUGCACCUUUAAUUGUCAUGAAAAUGUCACGGUGCAAAAAUUCUUUAAUGGUCCUAAAAAUACACGUACUUUUUUUUAAUAUAUUUUAAAUAUGACCCAGACAAUUUUUCAUGAGAUUUGCGUUACAACAAUGUCACUAUUGCAGCAUAAACUACCCCAAGACAAUAGAAUGUGGUCACAUGAGUAAAACUACUUUUGAUGUUGGUAGGGGUAACUAUAGCAACGUCGCGAUUAAACUGCAUCAUCACAUAUGCUACUAACCUGUCAGAUGGUAUAAUUGCACUCCAAGCAAACGUUUACAGUUUUGUUUACUGAUGGUGACUAAAAAAAGUCUACCUCCAUUGUGUUGUUAAUUUGGAAUAAUUUCAUGGGAUAUGGAAGACCCACUCACAAAUAAUAGACCUAUUGUAUUAUCAGUUGUCUUUGCAAGUCACCUUUGAGUCGUGACGUCACUUUCUUGACUUGGCCUACAGUCAUUUAAACAUGGGCAGCCCCACUUUGUAAGCCCCUUCCAGCUCUUUCUUUAAUGUCUUUAUUUUAUGUCGCUCUUGCCAACCCUGGGUUGCAUUGGCAGUAUUUGAAGGAGUUUCUCAGCACCCAGUGUAAUGAGCUAAAUUUCUGGUCCGUAGAGGUUUUAAAGUGCCAGUUCGUCGAAUGAAAAGCAUUACCCGUUCAGAUGGUGAACAAACAUAUUUUGUGUGUUUGAAAUGUAUGUACUGUUUUGAUUUUCUUUUGAGGCUGAAAUGUUUGCACAUUUUGAGACCAUGAUUUUUUCACUGAUUUUAGUACUUGUCAGUCAUUCUGUUUGUUUGUACGUGUCAUGUUCUUGCGUUAGGAUCUGAGAUAAAAUGGUUGCCCUGGAUACCAGCUUUGUUGGCCAAGUUGGUCACGUGGGCACUCACUGAUAUAAAUUCUGCUCUCGUUUGUCAGGUCUAUUCAUGGUAAAUGUAUUGCUGGUUGUAGGCAGUGUCAUUGCCAUGCCAGCUUUUACAUUAUCUUGGUAGGUGCACAGUCAAACAGACUAGUGAAAUGAACAUUUAAAAGAUGGCAGGUUUUAUCAGUUCUGAUUACAAUAUUUAGACAUUUUAGAGCCAGACAUCCUAUUGCUGGCUGGUGCCAAAGAAUCUGACUUGAUCAACAUAACUGGUACCCCGGCUAGAGGAUGUCAUAACGUGUGAAUUGGAAAACUUCCUAUAUGAAUGUAAUGCCAAAUUAGAAUUGUUUUUUUUUUGGCACCACUAAGUGUCAUCAUUCAACUGCUUGCCUGUAUAUACAGUACAUUCUAGGACCUUUCCAGUGUAACAGAGCUCUGUAGCUGCAAAAUUCACCAUGUUUAAUGUGUGAGUCACAUCUUUUGAUAAGUUCUCCCUAAGCUCAACAAACAGGUUGAAUUUGUCAGUGAAGCCCAACACGCCACUGCUGCCACUCCAGGGUCAUGAAUGCACUUUGUAUAUGUGUGGGUGAGUAUAUUGUCUGAUAUAAUUGAGUGUGUCUGUGUGUGUUUGUCUGUGUUUCAAGCAAAGAGACUUCUUUUCUGUGUGAUGAUUGAGUGAGUAUUGCCGGCGCACUCUGGCCAAAAUGCCUUGCGCCUCAUACAACCGAUGACAGAAAAGUAAGAGAAAAGAGAAAAACAAAAGAAGUUUAGGACUCUGAAAUGAAUUGUAUGUUUGUUUGUUUUUUUUAGACAGUCCACUUAUCUGGUACCGAACUUGUAUCUGUUGUUUGUCCACUUUGUCUAUUGUAUAAGAAAAGCCAUGUUUAUAAUUGAAUUUGGUUUGUGACCAAUAAGCCUGUUUAUAUCAAAUCUGUAUAUCAGUGGUAUGCAUAUUUUUUUUAUAUAUAUAUAU